AUGGCCACAGACGACGGCCCCAAAGGGGCCGGCGGGGCGCGUCCGAUAGGAGGCAUCGGCAUGACGCAGCUCUCUCCGAACAUAUUACUGCGCUGUACGAUCCUAGACUCAGCUGGAUCGAUCAAGACAAUUUCGGGCGUGUUCAAAAAAUCAGAGCUUUGCUCGCACCACGGGCUCGAGCCGCGCGACCUGCGCAAGAUUGAUUCGCGCGUGCCGAACCUGGUGCCGACGAUCCUCGCGCGCCGGAGUGGUAUUCUGAUCAAUAUUCUGCAUAUCCGCGCGAUGGUCAAGUCGGAUGCCGUGCUUCUCUUCGACAGCUACAGUACAGCCGACACGCACCUGCACUCGGCGUUCGUGUACAAUCUCGAGCACAACUUGCGGCUGAAUACGUCGUCGCUUCCUUACGAGUUUCGCGCACUGGAGUCGAUCCUUGCGUCUGUUCUGGAGGCGCUUCGCUCCGAGCUCAGCUGGCUGCGAAUUGUCGUGGACGACCUGCUCGAGGCACUCGAGGACGACAUCGACCGCGAGAAACUGCGCAUGCUCCUGCAAAUCUCGCGCAAACUGAAUAACUUCUUGAGCCGCUCGCGCGGUGUCAAGGUCUCCGUCACCGAGGUGCUUGAGAACGACGAGGACAUGGCGCUCAUGUACCUGACGGACGCCAAGCUCGGCCGCCCACGCACCGAGUCUAGCGACCUGGAGGAGCUCGAGCUUCUGCUGGAGAGCUUUGAGAAGCAGGUCGAGGAGGUCAUUGCUGAGAUCGAGCAGAUCUACGCCAAUGUCAACAAUACACAGGAGAUUGUCGAGCUCAUUCUCGACAGCAACCGCAAUAAGCUGCUGACUCUCGACCUCGGGACCAGCAUCAUGACCCUGGGUGUGAGUGCAGCUACGCUGUUUGUCGGUCUAUUCGGUAUGAACUUGACGUCGCACCUCGAGGAGCAUCCCCAUGCUUUUUACGUGAUGAGUGUGGUUGCCUAUAUCAUGGCGGCUGUCGUCACCGUCGGCGGCCUGCGGCUCCUGUCGCGCAUGCGGCGCAUUGGCCUCUCUGUCGACGAAUCGCACACAUCAGUCAGCCACACACCAACGCGCAAGCCGGAUAGCCGCCUCGUGUCGCAUGCGCGCGCAUGGUGGUGGCGCGAGAACCAGUUCCGCGCGAUGCAGCGCGAGCAACAUGAGCAGAGCUUCCGUGCGUUUGGUGCGCCGCCUGAGCGACGCGCUAUGGCGGGCGACCCACUCGACCCGGCAGAGUUGAAUGCAGGCCCGUCGCCUCAUGCACAGCCAGGCGUGACGCCGCCGCGUGCACCAGCCAAGGGACCAGCGCGGUAG